AUGAGUCAAACUCCCUCAAGUCAGUCACAAAAUACUCCCAGUCGUUAUCGGAAUAUCCGUCGCACUGAUACGGGUGACUCUGCCACCUCCAAACCUCAUGCUUCCGCCCUGCCAUCUGGAUCAGGAAUGGCUGCUGUUGGACAAUUGUACAACCAUCCUGGCCAAUCCUCAAGCACUCCGAGCCUCAACUCAAACUCGUCGUACAGGGGCACAACCUAUGCCUCAACGCCAAAACCCUCCAAUGACGAUACACACCUGGCUCGUGCACAGGAAAAAGAAUCCGCUUCUCGAUAUCGUCGACGCAGUGUCAAUAACAUCGAGACCGUAGCCAGUACUUCUCAUUCAAAUGCUACUGUGCCACCCACCAACUACAACCACAUCUCUUCUCAGAUGGUCAACAGACCACCUGUGCAUCGACAUACCGAAAGCUCCGAAAGUAUUAGCUCUAAUCUGUCGGGACGUUCAUCCAGACCUUCGUCUGCACGUAAUGAUGGUACGGCCGGCUCUAUGUCGCAGGGUUCUCCUACACAUCCCACCCAUAGUGUCAAGCAAGAUUCACGUAUGGCCAGUGUGCAAAGUCGACAUGCAGACUCUGGCAGACGUACACCUUCCGGAGUCAACAAUCCCUCUCCACUUUCUCGACCCAUGAGCCCCAGUGACGAGUCGACUGCAGCUAUAGCGGGCCUUGCACCUUCACAGGUGAAACCUCCUCCCAAUCUCAGCCCGGCAGCUGAACACCUUUCAGCUCUCAAUCAGAAAGAUACCAAGAAGUCAAAGUCAAAACUCAGACGAGCCUUCUCCUUUGGGAGUGCUGCUGAACUGAGAAAAGCUACUGCACAGGCGAAUCUAGAAAAAAGUAACGCAGCAGCACAGCCAGCAGUAAACAAACGUAUUUCGCGCCAUGAAGAAGAGUUAGAUCCAGAGUCAGCUAAGAUCGCUGCAAAGCAGGAAGCGGCUGGUCUGGGUGAAAGUAUCUAUUCUGGACAAGGGCAUUUCUUCACCGGGUCGACCGACAACCUCUCCAUAUCCUCGACUGCCUCAUCGGCCUCUAUAAUGUUGAGAAAGAUGGGCAAGGGGAUGAAGAAGGGAACACGUUCGCUUGUUGGCUUGUUCCGGCCCAAAUCGGUUGUUGGAGUGCCUGCCGCUGACGGCCCAGUAAACCAAGCCAGCGCAGCGCAAGUCUCUAUGGUGACUGUUGAAGCCGAACGAGAGAAGGUCAAUGUCAACCUCGACCCUCAUGCACAUCAAGGUGGUGGCACUGGUUUCCCCAAAUUGGAAAGAAAUUCUAUUGACAACAAACUGUCGCUGGACAGCAAGACAAGUGCCACCGCUUCGACAGAUACUCGCUCCAGACGUAGUAUCGUGGGUGGCGAGCGCGAGCGCGCUGAAGUGCUUGCCGCUGUCAAGAAGGGAAUUCUCAAACGUACUGAUUCUAAUCAGUCUUCACCCAGUCUACGACCGAGCGACUCUCGUGCGCCAGAACUAGCUCUGCCCAAUGUUCCUCACGUUAACGACUCGCCUCGAUCCAGUGCCCCGAGCACGCCCAAGGACGAAAUGCUGCCAGGCAUUCAGAGAGCAGCUGACUCUGUUACGAUUAACGACCACAAUGACGAUUACUUUGGCUCCGUUUCCCGCUUUGCCAGUCUGGACUCGAAAACAGGACAACCCAUCACGCCUGUGAAGAACAUUCAUUUCAGUCCUCGCAUCCAGUUUCAUGACACGUGGCCGAGUGGUGAAUAUGAUCGCCGCGGAGAGAUAGCGACCUGCAAUCGCUUGACUCCUAUGCUUGCUCAACAAAUCAAGGAGGAACUUAACUCUUUCAAAAUGGAGAUGGAAGUCCACGAGUCCUCCAAAGUAUACACCCAUUUCUUCUAG